CAGUAUUCCGCCGCUCGUCACCUGCGGUCAUACUGAUUGCAACUUCCCAAAUUUCUUACAAUAAUCCAAUGAAAAUUAAAAAACAUCUUUUCGUACCUUUAAUGCAAUAAUAUGUGCAUUUUGAAGCAUGCCGAUUCAGGCUCCCUCAUGGACAGAUUUUCUGAACUGUCCCAUCUGCUGCAAUGAAUUCGCGGCCAGCCAGCGAUGUCCGGUCAGUCUGGGCUGCGGGCACACCAUCUGCAAGCUAUGCCUGACGACCCUCUACAACCGGCAGUGUCCCUUCGAUCAGACCGUGAUUGUCAGCGAUAUCGACAAUUUGCCCAUUAACCAUGCCUUGCUCCAGUUGGUCAAGGACUCGGAGCUCCUCGAGCUGGGACCACCACCGCCCAGUGUGCAGAAGCUGGAGCCGGAGCACCUUAAGUGCUACCAACUGGGUCAGCGGUGCAUCGAGGAGCUGGCUUUGCACUUGAAGUCCUUCCUCAACCUGAACGGAAAUGGCAAUCUUCUUACUCGACCCAUGCUACGGAAGCUGGUUACCCUGGUCAACUGCCAGCUGAUGGAGGAGGAGGGACGGGUGAGAGCGCUCCGAGCAGCCAGAUCCCUAGGCGAACGCACAGUCACCGAGCUGAUCCUGCAGCACCAAAAUCCCCAACAGUUGAGCUCAAAUCUGUGGGCUGCAGUGCGAACAAGAGGAUGCCAGUUCCUUGGACCCGCCAUGCAGGAGGAGGUGCUCAAACUGGUGCUGCUGGCCUUGGAGGAGGGAUCAGCGCUUUCGCGCAAAGUGCUGGUCAUGUUCGUCGUGCAGCGACUGGAGCCGAAGUUUCCACAGGCCUCCAAGACGAGUAUCGGACAUGUGGUACAGCUGCUCUACCGCGCCAGCUGCUUCAAGGUGUCCAAGCGGGAGGCGGACUCGUCGUUGAUGCAGCUCAAAGAGGAAUUCCGUACGUAUGACGCCUUGCGCCGCGAGCACGAUGCCCAAAUCGUUCAGAUAGCUACCGAGGCGGGUCUGCGUAUUGCACCGGAACAGUGGUCUUCCCUAUUGUAUGGCGACGUGUUGCAUAAGAGUCACAUGCAGAGCAUCAUCGAUAAGCUGCAGACGCCAAGCUCCUUUGCUCAAUCAGUCCAGGAAUUGGUCAUCGCCUUGCAGCGGACCAGUGAUCCUGCGAAGCUGUCCAGUUUGCACCAUCAUUUGAAGUACCUGGCCAACAUUGAUCCCUGUGCGGAGGUUGCCCCGUGGUCGGAUUUGGCUGAGGCCCUGGAUGCAGUGCGCCAUUCGGUCGUUGGACUGGUGAACUUUCUUCAGCACCAUGGAGUGCGCAAGGCGCAGGACGGCAUCAGUGGCGGUGGCAGUGGUGGGACGGCCAAUAGCAAUCCCAAGUACAAGAUCAGCUUAUGCAGGGACUUGAAUGUGCGGCGGGUGUGUCCCCGAGGUUCUAGCUGCACCUUUGCCCAUUCCCAGGAGGAGGUAGAACGCUAUCGUGCACGGAAUCGAGGAAAACACAUGAAGACACCGUUGGCGCUGCAGGGACCCCCAGCGGUAGGCGUAGGAGCGAUAAAGAAACCACUAGGCGAGCAGGAGGGACCGCCUCUAGGUAACAUGCCACCAAUGUUACCUAUGUCGCCUAUGCAUUAUAUGGGCUCUCCUAGGGGAUAUCUGGAUCCCAGCUUGGGACUUUCGCCAGGUGGUGGUCUCCCACCGCAGCAGCCGCCCCUGCUUCAUCCGUCGCAUCACAGUCCCAUUACCCGGCUCAUAGUGCCCAGCCGCUACGAUUCUCGCUUCAGCGGCUUUGGCGUUGGCACGCCCAGAAAUCCUUCGCCUAGAGAAUACCAAGCCAACCCGAUAGCACCAACGCAACGCAAUGCCAACCCACCGAACUUUAGUGUGAACAGCAACGUGCACAAGGGCUACAUGUUGCCCGGCAGCGGUGGAGAUGUCUUCCAUCUGGGCAACCCGUGGGAGCAAGCAUACCUGGCACAGCAGCAGCAGCAGCAGCAUCCUCCACAGCAUCCCCAACAGCAGCAGCCACCGUCCAGCAAGCCGAACCCCAGCCGACCGUUGUCGAUUUUAGCCGCAACAGCUGAUACCUCAUUUUAUGAAAAGAAACCGCCGAAUAGUGUUAGCAUAGAUCUGGACAGGGUCCCGGAGGUCGAUGUGGAUGCAGUGCCUCUGUUCCGGCGAUCCAAUAACAACCACAACAACAACAAUAGCAACUCCCACAAUAACAACAACAACAAUCAUAGCUCAUCACUGCUGUUCUGGAACAAUACGGGUAAAGAGUCAGCGAACUUUGUACGAUCAGACUCCAUAUUGGAUGACGAUGCGUCCACAUUCGAUGUGCCCACUGGCUCCUCCAUGCUGAGUAUCUACGGCCCGAUUUGCCCCAAGAGCAGCACGACCGGCAACUGGAACAACUUUGAUCUGGGAUAUGGCGGCUUUAAGAGCGACAGAAACGAUAGCUUCAAUGCCAAUAAGCAGCAACAGCCGGUGUGGGGCAGGAAACCGCAACUGAUGUCGGAGGACAGUUUCGAGGGCGGCAUCGAUAGUGGAAUGAUGCUGCAGCUGGAGAAAAACCUGGUGGACAUCGUCGAUCCCGAUGACAGUGGGAUCAAGUUGGACUAGGUACUGCAGUCAGGCCCACUCAGCCAGAGGAUAUUUCUAUAUAGGUGUUUAUAUAGAUCGAAUGGGCGGAAAAGAAUAUGUAUAAUGCAAUCAUUUUACACAUCGUUAGAGGUUUGUACCGCACAGUUCAAACUUUGGUAGAAUUUCAAAAGUAAUUGUAGUUAAAUCUGAUCCGAGCGAUCCGUUAUUGGAUCGGAGCCAAAACAAAAAAUCAAUUGGGUUGGGUACCGUCUAUUAGAAUCUAUUAAAUAAUUGUCUAAUUAGUUCAUUGUUCAAAUUUUGUGCAAAUGUGUUACUCAUGUUCGUGUUAUGUUUCAGAUUCGGGGUUUGUGUCUAGCACACAUAGUGAAAAGUAAGAGCAAACAAAAAUAAACUCAAACUAGAUUGUAAACUAUGUGUGUAGCCUAGAAUUCAGCUCAGACUCGUAGAUCCGUAGGAAUCCACAAAAGAGGCGAAUGAUCAAGAGUGAUGAGGAUGAGGAUGAGGAUGAGGUAUGCAAACUCUUGUUGAGGUCGGGCAACAUCCAGUUUUGUAUAGCAGCGAAGAUUUUAAAGCAAUUUCCUGAGAUGAAAUAGAGAUACUGUGCACUAAUUAACUGAAUCAUGAUCACAAGACUUCGAGAUCUAGGCAGAACUUAUAUUCUUAUCCAAAAUAGUGUGUUUGUCAUCCCCCGCUCCUGAUUGUUUGUGAUCAAAAUUUGAUUGAUUGUGUAACGCUGUAAACAUAGAUAUAAACUUAUAUAUUUUUUUUAAUUAUUAACUAUUUCAAAACGCUAUUUUUAUAUAUACAAAAUCAGUAGGGCUGACAAGGACCUGAAAAUCCUAUCGCUCUCAAAAACACAAUCACACACAUACACCAACACGCAUACAUACUGAGCCACAGGACACGAACGAUCAUUUGUAUGUGUGUGAAAUGAAUGUUUAUAUUUCUUAAAGAAAUUUUAAUAACGCUAUUGUGCGAUGUUGUUAACUAUUGUACUAUAUAUUAUUAAAUUUAUUGAAAAUAAAUUAAAAUCACGUCCCAUUUUCCCCUUUUUGUAAACUGUGAGAAGAGUAAAGUACAGGAGAAUUGACAAACAGGAAGUUAAAAUGUCAUUCAGGGCUUUGAGAACAUUUACACAUACCUACUCUACGCAAAUAUAAAUUUGUAUUUAUAUCUAGAAACUAA